AUGGAGCGAACAUCAAUAAACAUGCCUCCACUACUAAAGGGAGAUAAUUUUGAUGAUUGGAAAGAUGAUAAAGCUCCAGAAGGAUCUGAAGAGGCUAAACUAAAAAAUUUUGACAAGUGGACUCCUUCGGAACUCUCCUACAGUGAAGCAGAAAACAAAGCCAAAAAUGCUCUAUUCAUUGCUUUGACUGAAGAUGAUAGGGCAUUAAUCAAGCAUUGUUCAAAUUCAAAGGAGAUCUGGGAGACUCUCGAACUCACAUAUGAAGGUAAUAAAAAGAUGAAGGAAGAAGAAACCAUUGAUCAGUUUUACAAGAGGGUCAUCUCAAUCACCAGUGCAAUCAGGAGUAUCAAUGCAAAGAAAAUGAUCUCUCAAGAUGAUAUUGUCAUGAAAAUCUUGAGGUCACUUCCCAAGAAAUUUGCAAUGAAGAAGGCUACCAUUUCUGAAGCGAAAGAUCUUAAAACAUACUCCUUGGCUGAACUCAUUGGAAGCUUGAAGACAUAUGAGGCUGAACUGAAUGAGGAGGACAAACCAGAGGAAAGGAAGUCUAAGAAUCUUGCUUUAAAGGUAACAAAGAAAAAAGAAGUCAGUGAUGAACUUUCUGAGUUGGGUUUACUUACUAAAGAAUUCAAAAAAAUUCUUAAAUACAGGAACAAUAAUUCCAGUUCUGGUUCCUCAAAAGGAAACUUUGAAAAUAGAAGGUUAAAAUAUACUGAAAAUAAAAAUGAGUCAAAAGAAAGUAAGUCUAGCUUUAGGAGAAAUCCUAAUUUUAAACCUAAAUGCUAUGAAUGUGGUGGUCUUCGUCAUAUCUCAGUUGAUUGUGGUAACAGGAAAAAUAGUACAGGAGAUCGAAAAGCUUUAAAGGCAUCUUGGAGUGAUGAUGAAAGUGACUAUGAAGACUAUUCAUCUAGAUCCUCAAAGAAGAACCUGGCAUUAAUUGCUUCAUUAAAUUUUAAUUCGGCAGAGUCUGACUGUGACUCAGAAACUGAAGAAUUGUGUGAGGUAGAAAGUGAUUAUGAAAGUUCUAACAUAGAUGAAAAAUAUGCAAAAUUGUGUGACAUUGCAGAAUCAGUUCACAACAGGAAUGUUCAGUUGGAGACUCAAGUUUCAACACUAAAAAUAUCCUUGGAAAAGAAAGAACAGUCAAUUUGUGACAAACAAGCCUUUUGGGAUGAUCAAAAAUUAACUCUUGAGAAAAAAAUAGAGGAACUGUCAUGUGUUGGCAUAGAAGAAGAAUGGAUAACUGCCAGGAAAACAUUUUUGAUCAAAUUGGAAAAGUUAUCGGAACAGGAACAAAUCAAUCGUACAAAUGACAAGUUCGAGCAAUUUCAUCAUAGCUCACAAGUAGCGGUCAAGAUGCUUGGGAUAGGUCGAAACUUCAAAAACAACUUUGGACUUGGCUACUCUGGUGAAAACCCUAAAGAAACCAAAUUGACUCGCCUCAAAACUGAACUCUCUAAUGUUUUUGAAGUAACCAGUGGCAAAUUUAGGAAAUUCUCUGAUAUCCAUGCUGAACAUGAUAAGCAGACUCAAAAAGAAAAAAUUAUGCUUGCAAAAAUCCACACAAGACUGGAAAUUCUUGAAACUAAGUGCACUAAUAUUCCUGACACUAAUGAAUUUGUUGAGAAAUAUGCUAGAAUUAAGAGACAGAUUGCUGGUGAUCAUAGAAUCUGGAAAAAGAAGGAAAACUUCAAUGAACAGUGCAUGUCUGUUAGCAUGUCCUAUGAUGAGAACCAGAUCGAAGCUACCUGUCUUGUGGCCCUUACUGCUGUAAAUACCAGAAGAAAUGAUGUUUGGUAUAUUGACAGUGGCUGCUCAAGGCACAUGUGUGGAAACAUAGAGCAUUUCACUACUCUAAAUGAAAAUAUAGUUUCAGGAAUUGUAACUUUUGGAGAUGCAAGAAAAGCCACUAUUCUUGGAAAAGGUACAGUAGAAUCUCAGAAUCUUGGAAGACUUGAGAAUGUAUUGUUUGUGGAGGGGUUGGCAACAAAUCUGGUAAGUGUAAGUCAAUUGACUGACGAGUUUGAAGAUGUUUGGUUUAACAGGAAAAGAUGUAUUGUUCUUGAUGAUCAAGGUAAUGUUGUUUUAGGUGGUAAAAGAUCUAUUGAUAAUUGUUAUCAUGCUUCAACAGAUUCAUGUGUAUUAUUUUCUAACAAAUGUCUUAAGACCAUUACCACUGAUGAAACAUUUGAACUUUGGCACAGAAGAUUAGGUCAUGUAAACUAUCAGGAUCUUCAAAAAUUGUCAAAUCAGCAGUGUCUGAGAGGGAUGCCCAAACUAAGUGGAAGAAUAGACAAGAUGUGUGGUGAUUGCAAAUCUGGUAAACAAACCAAGUCAUCACAUAAAAUGGUUAACUCAACCGCUACCACUCACUGUCUGGAACUAUUGCAUAUGGACCUAAUGGGACCAACUCAAACUCAGAGCAUGUCAGGUAAGUCUUAUAUUCUGGUAAUAGUUGAUGAUUUCUCUAGGUUUACUUGGGUAGAUUUUCUUAUCACAAAAGAUGAAGCCUUUGAGUCCUUUCUUGGAUUGAGUAAACAACUGACCAGGCAAAAGCAACAUUCAAAUCUUAAACUGGCUAGGAUAAGAUCAGAUAAUGGUACUGAAUUUAAAAAUGCUUCUUUUGCUAACUUAUGUCAUGAGAAUGGCAUUUUUCAUGAGUUUUCAGCUUUAAGAACCCCUCAACAAAAUGGCAUAGUUGAAAGGAAGAACAGAUCUUUACUUGGCAUGGGAAGAGUAAUGCUUCACUCAGCUGGACUCAGUGAAAAAAUCUGGGCAGAAGCUAUGAACACUGCAUGUUAUGUGUCAAAUAGAGUUUUUCUCAGGAUUGGCAGUGAUCAAACUGCAUAUGAAAUCUGGAAAGGGAAAAAGCCAAAUGUUGGUCAUUUUCAUGUGUUUGGAAGUCCUUGUCACAUUCUCAGGGAAGGUGAGAGUCUAAAUAAGUUUGUCUCCAGAAUUGAUCCAUGUAUUUUUAUUGGUUAUGAUAUGAACAGUUCAGCUUAUAUGGUAUACAAUAAAAUAACAAAAAAGGUUGUUGUUACUAUUAAUGUGUCGGUUGAUGAUAUGCCUAGUAGUCAGGUUGAUGAAAGCACAUCUUGCUCAAUGGAGAAAAAAGACGAUGACAGGAAUAUAUCAACUGAUGAUGAAGACGAGAAUCUCAGACAUGUAUCACAAAAAAGGACUGGGUUUAAGCAAGUUCAGAAAGACCAUGAUACAAGUAAUGUGAUCGAAAAGAUGAAUGAUGGAAUUCAAACCAGAAACAAGACUUCUCAAGGUGAUCAACUAGAAAAAGCAUUGACCUGCUUUGUUGAAACUCAUGACAAAGAAACAAAUAUCAUAGGUUGUUGUGGAUUUUUUUCCCUGGUGGAACCCAAAACUGUGAAAGAGGCCUUGAUAGAUAGGGUCUGGACUCAAGCCAUGCAAGAGGAGCUAAAUCAAUUCACAAAAAAUCAAGUGUGGGAACUUGUUCCAAGGCUUGAAGACUCAAAUGUUGUUGGAACUAAAUGGAUAUUUAGAAACAAGUCAGAUGAACAUGGCACUAUUGUGAGAAACAAAGCCAGACUGGUGGCACAAGCAUUUCUGAAUGGCGUAAUAGAUAAGGAGGUUUUUGUAGAACAACCAAAAGGCUUUAUUGAUCCUCAUCAUCCUGAGUAUGUCUACAAGUUGCAGAAAGCCCUUUAUGGUCUCAAACAGGCUCCAAGGGCAUGGUCUGUGCCUGGUCAAAAGAUGACGAUUCAGUGGCUCAAUCCUGACGGUUCCGCUACUUGGACCAUAAGAUACCUUGCCGCUUCAGUUGCUCCAACUCUCCGUUUAAAAAGGACUCCACCUCUUCCAUUCUUACUCAUUAACCCUAACUUCAUCCUAGGUCUUGGUUCUGUUUGUGCAGGUCUCAAGAGAAAAAUGGAACAUACUCACCUGUCCUUCGGUGAAUCAUCUAACCGCUCUAAGCGUCGUCGGUCCUCAUCACCUUCCUCUUCUCAGCAUGGAACAUAUUCUCUCCCUAUCUUUCCUCCUGACAUUCGGAUUCCCCCCGUGGAACCUCGUGUUCCUCCUCCACCAAACAUGGAAGGGUACACAGGUAUGAUUCCUCCUUGCCAAUUUGAGGGAGAACCCUUGCAUCCUCAAGUACCUCCUGAGCAUAACACUAUGGAAGAAUUUGGCACGUAUCUCAUGCUUCUGGAGGAGAAUAUGCGCACCUCUGUCACAUCUAUCUUGGAUCGUCUUGACACCUUCACUCAAGUUCAGGUGCAAUUGCAGGAGCAAAUGAUAACUAUUCAAGCUCUUCUUCGCCUGGUGCUUCCCAAUCGGCCAGUGGACUCUACUCCUCCUGCAGUUCAUACAACCACCGCUGCUCCGGCUACUGAUCCAUGA